AUGCUCACGCCGUCUGCCGUCAACACGAGAAAAUGUGAAAUCUGCUUUCGCGCGGCGUACGGAUACAACUAUGGAGUGAGCGAACGUUUUAUACACGACAAACUGUCAUCCAUUUGCCCCACUUUCAGUGUUUCACUUGCGACGCCUGCAAGAUGUUCUUCCGACGUGUCGUUCUGAUGAAUCUCAAGUACAUUUGCGAGCAAACCGGAAAAUGCUUCGAGAGCAUCAGUGCCGAGACGCCGGUGCCCAAGUGCAGAGCGUGUCGAAUGAGCAGAUGUCUCGAGUUGGGAAUGGUGUUCCGAGCGAGCGCCAUCUUCGAGAAUCCGAAAGACGAUGACGUGGGCGUGGAAGCAUUAGUCGGCAGACUUCUCUACUUGGACAAUAGAAGAACGAACCUGCUGAUGAGCAAGUUCAGUCUCGACAAUCCGGGCCUCAUUGACUUGGUGCAAAGGAAGAAGAUGAAUAUUAUGCCGCAGACGUCGGAACGGAGGUUGAACAACGAGGAGUGGCGCUUUUUCUGUAUGUACUCCACAGUCGACUUCCUGCUCAGUCUCGACUUUAUGUCGAAACUCGAACCCACUGAUAAGGUGUUCCCCCUUUUCCCCCCAACUCUUUAUAAGUUAUGGUUUCCAGUUGAUUCUCCUCCGUCACUUCUCCGCCAAAGCGACGCUUCUCUUCAAUUCCCUUCGAGCGAUGCGCGCCAAAACCGACAAGCUCAUCACUCCGGGCGGACACGAAGUUGUGGACGUCGAGUUGGCCGCGUGAGUUGUUUCUGCCGCAGCAGGUCGCAUUUCGUUUUCGUACUUUUAGACUCUUCAACCUAUCAUCACACUUUCUCCACCAAAUCCGCAGCCGUCUGGUCAACAAACUCAUCGAGUUGGAAGUCACUAAUGAGGAGUUUCUCCUUCUCGCGGUUGUGCUUUUUUGUAACCCAGGUAAAGGCUAUCGAGGCCUAAACUUUGUAGGCUAGCAAUUAGACGAAUGUCCGUUUUUUUCAGUUUUAUGCCAAACAAAAAUUCCCGAUUGUUUCAGGCCUCAAUGGUCUGUCCGAAAACGCGAAGCCUCUUCUCGCCUCCCGCCAAGAAACGUACAGCUCCGCACUUGUUCACUACUGCCUCAUGAGUUAUCAGCAAACGGGACCGUCUAGAUUCUCGGACUUGCUCUCCAUCUGCCACGUCAUCAACCGAAACAUGGAGGACAUUCAGAACUUGACUCUUAUUAUAAAACUUCAGUGGCCGCAUGCCCAAUGCAAAAAAUUGUUUGAAGAUAUUAUUUGA